AUGGUGUUAUCGAUGAAUGCAAAAGAUGCUGCCCAGAAGCUUGUUGAAUCCCAGGCUCAAAUCGCAGCCGUGAUAGACAUGGUCAAGGGCGAUUCGACCAUGUUCCGGAUGGAGAAAACAAUUGCAUUUAGAGCGGCGAGAAAUAUAGACUCAUUGCACGAUAACCUGAAAGAAUGGUUCGAAUUCUACAAAGGCUACGAUCCGUCGUUCAAUUGGUGGGUGUCACAUCCAUAUGGGGUUGUGGAAAAAGGGUUGAAAGAUGUCUCAGCAAGUAUUCGAGAGAACUUGGCUGGCAUCCGCCCAGGCAACGAUGAUGCGAUAGUGGGCGAUCCUAUCGGUCGAGAGGGGUUGCUUAGCGAGCUCUUGGGUGAAAUGAUUGCCUACACACCGGAAGAAUUAAUCUCGAUCGGAGAGAAAGAGUUCAAAUGGUGUGUUGGCGAACUGAAAAAGGCAUCACGCAGCAUGGGGUUCCAGGACAAUUUGAAGCAGGCCCUAGAAGAAGUCAAGAAUGAUUUUGUCGAGCCUGGAAAACAAACUGGAUUAGUUCGAGAUCUCACGGUUGAGGCAAUCUCCUUUGUCGAAGAUCACCAGCUCGUCACCGUUCCGCCGGUUGCCAAGGAGAAUUGGCAGAUGUUUAUGAUGUCGCCUGAGCGCCAGAAAGUAAACCCCUUCUUCCUCGGCGGCGAGUGUAUCAUUGUCUCGUAUCCAACCGACCAGAUGGAUCAUGAAGCCAAGCUGAUGGGGAUGCGCGGGAACAACAUCCAUUUCUCCCGCGCUACGGUAUUCCAUGAGAUGAUACCCGGGCACCAUUUGCAGAUGCACAUGAUCGCGAGAUACAGACCCUACCGCCGCCUAUUUGACACCCCGUUUUGGAUUGAAGGAUGGGCUCUGUACUGGGAGUUCAUUCUAAAGACGCCGCAGAACCGGAUCGGGAUGCUAUUUUGGCGGCUUCAUCGAUGCGCCCGAAUUAUAUUCUCCAUCAAGUUCCAUCUUGGCCAGAUGGCUCCUGGGGAGUGCAUUGAUCUACUUGUCGAUCAAGUCGGACACGAACGUGCCACUGCAGAAGGGGAAGUGAGGCGAUCAUUAAAUGGCGAUUAUUCGCCGUUAUAUCAGGCCGGGUAUAUGCUGGGUGCGUUACAAAUAUAUGCACUGCGGAAGGAGACUGUCGAGACGGGGCUUCUUGCUGAGAAGGAAUUCCAUGAUCGGUUUUUGAAAGAGAAUUGUAUGCCAAUAGAGUUGGCACGAGCCUUGAUGCAGGAUUAA